UGUCUCUCGGCGUUCUUCAAUCCAAAGGUAAGUGAGUUUGAAGAAGUAAGUCACAAAGAAAGAGAAGAUGUCUGAGAAAAAGGGAAGGAAAGAGGAAGUGGUGACCAGAGAGUACACCAUUAACCUCCACAGACGCCUUCACAAAUGUACCUUUAAGAAGAAGGCACCAAAUGCCAUUAAGGAGAUCAGGAAGUUUGCAGAGAAAGCUAUGGGGACUAAGGACGUUAGGGUAGACGUGAAAUUGAACAAGCAAAUCUGGAGCAAGGGAAUCAGAGGUCCACCAAGGAGGAUCAGGGUUCGUGUUGCACGUAAGAGAAACGACGACGAAGAUGCAAAGGAAGAGUUCUUCUCCCUUGUCACUGUUGCUGAAAUCCCUGCAGAAGGACUCAGUGGACUUGGCACAAAGGUCAUCGAAGAGGAGGAUUGAAAGAGUCAGUAGAACAAGUUUUGUUGGUUUUUUACUUUUGUUGCUGUGUUUCAAUUAAAAGUCUUGACCUUUCACUUUCUUCAUUGUAGUGCAUCUUGAAUUUACUUAUGCAGUUUAUUAAAGAGACCUAUUUUCU